AUGUCAACUCCGCGUGACCGCUCCCUCUCCAUCCCUUACACCUCCCACACCCGCACGCCCUCCAAUUCCAGCCCCUCAACAAACCCCAUAAUCCCCCCAUCAUCCUCCCACUGCCGCCAACCGUCAUCAUCCGGCCUGAGCACCCUGCCCCCUUCCCUCCAACAACAACUCGACCCCCAACCGAACCGGCACCAUCAUCCCUUCCGCUCUCACGCUCGCUCCAUUAGCGGGCAGUUCCGCGGGGACUUUGACGGCUGGGCAAAUCUGGAUUGUUUAGUUCCUAGUAAGGAGGAUCAGCUCCAGCCGAGGGGGUUUGGGACUGUGGGGGAUGAGUCGAGUGAUGAGGAUGAUGACGAGUUUUUGAGUCUUACGACUACGAGGAGGAGGAAGUCCAAAGAUAAGGAUAAGGGGAGUGAGGGGAGGGAAAGGAGUAGGAGUCGCUUGAGGGGGGCUACAUUUGUCAUUCGGUCCGGGAGAUCUGGGUCUGUCUCGGGAGGGGGAGGGGGAGGGAUGGGACAUUCCAGGUCGGCGAGUCAGCCCUUUUUGGGGUCGGCUACGAUGGCGGCUAUUCAGGGCAUGGUUGGAUCGAGUUCGGUGGAGGGGUUGGAUGGACGAAGAGGGGGGAAUAGGUUUCUCGGGUUGGGACCAAAUCAGGGGCAGCAGAGAGGAAGGUCGAAGAGCCCUGCUGGUCUCGGGGCUGGGAUUGGGCAUGUCAGGAAGGGGAGCUCGUCUGGGGCAGGGGGUUCAGUACCUGGGGUAAUGGGGAAUCAUCAUAACGAAAGGCAUGUUGCUGGAGAGGAGUUUGUCACCGGACGCUGCAUGACAUGUGCGUCUCUGAUGCGCUGGCCGCGCGAGCACACUGUCUUUCGGUGUACUAUUUGUAUGACGGUGAAUGAUCUCGUGCCUGUGGAAAGGGGGCCGUCGGGGGAUGGGCAGCAACAUCGCGAUCGGGAUAGGCCUAUCUCGUUGACGCAUGCUAGGGCACUGAUUGAGCAGUGUUUGAGGGAGUUUUUGAGGGAGAGGUUGGGGGAGAUGACUGCUGGAAAGGCACCUGGGGAUCAACCUAAGGAUGGGAAUGGGAAGCAGAAGGAGAGGGAAGAGGAUAGGGGGAGGAGACAGGAGCCUGCUGGGGUACCUCGGCCGCCGAAAGGGGAUAAGGAGGUGCUGCCCAAGCUUGUCUUGCCCCCUCUUCCUCAGAGAGUGCCCCCUCCUGUGCCGGGUCAGUCACUGUUGCGGCCGCCAGAGAUGAGGGGUCCAAGGCACUGCCGUGGUCCGAGCUGGUCCGGCACUGCCAGAUCAUCACGGGCCGAACCUUCUCCAGGACCGGUGCCGUUCCCGAGGAGACAGCCCUCCCGCGAUCUACUCGUCCAGAAACCCCCUCCGCCGCCGCCGCCAAUGCCUUCCCGGCCGCCGCCCAGCCCGCCGACUCAGGAUGUCAAAGUCAAGCGGAUAUUCAAACCGCUCGAGGACUACAUCGUCUCCUGCAUAACCAACUUUCACUCCCUCAACACCUCCUUCCUGACCAUCCCCCUCCCUCAGCACCAACCCCAACCUGAGUCCUCUCAACACCACAAGCAUCACCCUGACCCCCUCGUCACCCGCAAAUCCCCCCACCUCGACUGGUCCCGCCUCGAACAAUUCUACCUCACCAUCCUCGAGCCCGCCCGUCCCUGGUUCGACGUCUACCGCGCGCUGGUCCAGGAAGACCCCUCUCUCGCUGUGCCAGCUGCUGCCCUAAAGGACAUUGAGGGGCAGCUAUUAGCCUCUCAGGAGCACGUCCAGCGGGCGGUGCUAAAGGCAUGCGAGGCUGUGCUGAAGCGUCCGGGACGGAGGAUUAGAGGCCCCGGGGAAGUGAGGUGGUUGUUGAUUUUGGCCGUGUGUCCUUUGUUUGUUGCCGGGUGGAGGAGUUGGAGGGGGAGGUUUGUGACUGCUGACGGGAACUUGGGUCCGGCUUCAUCACUGGGGACCGGAACCGGAGCCGGGACCGGGACUGGGGUUGGGGCUGGCCCUGCGGCUGGGGCGAAUUCGGGGAUUAUUAAGCGGAUUGUGGGGUUGCUGUGCAAUGCGCCAGUUGAGUGUCAUCAGCAUUUGGUUGCGUGGUGGGCGCGGUGUCCGGAGCAGGUAUUGGUUUUAACAAAGGAGUUGAUGUCGGGGUUCUUGGCGUAUAGGUUGAACCGGCAGAAUGAGAAGACGGCUGCUGCUGCAGAGGAGGAGGAAGCUAUGAGGAGGGACGAGGACACGUUAGGCGGAUUGGUUCCGAGUGUGGAUAUAGGAGUGUCGAGCAGGGCGAUGUUGCAUGCUGCACUGUUGAGUCAGGCUCGGCCGGGGACUGCUAAUGGGAAUACUGGCGGAGGAGGUUCGGGGAAGAAAAAGAAGGAUGAGAAGCCGAAGAGGGUGAUUAGGGAGGAUUGGCAGAUCAAGGCAGCCGCGACGGUAUUGGGGUUGGUGUUUGCUGCUAAUAAGGCUUGCCAUUCGAGGGAGAGUUUGACGGCUAAGGAUGGGAGGGCAGGCUAUCUGACAGGCUACCUGCAGCAACAUCACCAUGCCCAACCGCAGCAGCAUGGCAUCAGUAAGCCAAGGGCUCAGGUUCUGCCUACGAGCGAUUUCUACAUCACCCUGCUGGACGAAACGGACGUCAUCGCCGACUUUGAGACGUGGUCCCAACGUCGAGGAAAUACUUCCCACAAUAUCAGCCUCAACCACGGCAGCGCCACCAACAAUACCAACGUCCGCUUCACCUUCUGCCAGCACCCCUACCUGCUGAGCAUCGGCGCCAAGAUGCGCAUCCUCGAGCACGACACCCGUCGGCAGAUGGAGACGCGGGCACGGGAUGCCUUCUUCAAUAGUUUGCUCUCGGACUAUCAUCACCAUCCUCAUCCCAGGGAGAUGUUUGACCGGUUUUUGACGCUGCGUGUCAGGAGGGAGUGUUUGGUCGAGGAUAGCUUGAGCGCUGUGGGCGAGGCGAUUGGAGCUAGUGCCGCCGCGGGGGGCGGGGUCGGCAUAUUGGAUGUGAAAAAGGAGUUGAGGAUCGAGUUUAUGGGUGAGGAGGGCGUCGAUGCAGGCGGGUUAAGGAAAGAGUGGUUUUUGUUGUUGUGCAGGGAGUUGUUUGAUCCGGGGAACGGCAUGUUCCUCUACGACCCGGACUCGCACUACUGCUACUUCAACCCCUUCUCACUCGAGCCCUCGCAGCAGUACUUCCUCGUCGGCGUCGUCCUGGGCCUAGCCAUCUACAACUCCACCAUCCUCGACAUCUCCCUCCCGCCCUUCGCCUUCCGCAAGCUGCUCGCUUCCCCUUCCUCCAAUCCUCACAGCUCGACCCUAGACGACCUCGCCGAGUAUCGCCCGACCCUCGCCCGCGGCCUACGUCAGCUGCUAGACUACCCCAACCCGGACGAAGUCGAGGACGUAUUUGCGCUGUCCUUUGCCAUCACCGUCGACCGGUAUGGCGUGGCCGACACGGUGGAGCUGUGCCCUGGAGGCAGCCGCCGGCCCGUCACGGGCGCUAACCGCAGGGAAUUUGUCGACCUUUAUGUGCGCUAUCUACUGGAUACGUCUGUCGCUAAGCAGUUCGAGCCGUUUAAGCGCGGGUUUUGGUCCAUCGUCGGCCACGAGGGGGGAACCCACGGCCUAUUUGGGGGCGGCGAGGCAGGCGUGAAUGUCUUGUCGCUGUUUCAGCCUGACGAGGUGGAGUUGUUGAUUCGGGGGUCGAACGGUAGCUCAGGGAAUUCUUUGAAUGGGGAUUCAUUACCCCCGCUGGAUGUCGCGGCGCUGAAAACGGCCGCGACGUAUGAUGGCUGGGAGAGAUAUCGUCCUAAAAGCCCCAGCGGAAGACCCCCCUUCAACCCCGCCGAAGACGAGCCCACCAUCCGCUGGUUCUGGGAGACCUUCGAGUCGGCCUCGCCCGUCGCUCAGAGGAAAUUGUUAGCAUUUGUCACAGGCAGCGAUCGUGUCCCCGCUGCGGGGGCAGGAAGCCUACGGAUUGCGCUACACUGUUUGGGGGAUGAUUGUGGACGAUUCCCGACAGCACGGACGUGCUUUAAUGUCCUUGGGCUGUGGAGAUGUGGGACGAAGGAGAGGCUUGAGGAGGUGUUGUGGAGGGCGGUUUGGGAGAGUGAAGGGUUUGGGUUGAAGUAA